GAUUUGGGUGUAGUUAUCGCAGUUGCUGACAGGGGGCGCAAGAGUAUAAUGUCCAGGGUUGUGUCGAGAUACAGCACAGCACACAGUGUAGCUGGGGGAGUGUAUGGAGGCGAGAGCAAGCAACUUCAGAUUAGAGAGAGGGCAAGGGAGUGUUGAUUCACUUGAAACGACAUUUAAUACCAAACCAAUACAAAGUCUUCACUUUUGAAAUUCUGAAGCUAAGGAAAGCACAAGAACCCUACUUGUGUUUCUACUGUGAACAAGUUUAUGUUGCGGGAAAAUUAAUUAACUCGGUGGACUGAGCAAUAUUGUUUGGAUUGAAUAAAAUAAGUGUACAGACAAUAUCGUACUUGAAGAACAGAACAAACUGAACAGUGCUAUAACAAAACGAAGCAAACAAGUUGAAAACGAUGAAAAAUAACCACGGGAAGUGGACACGUUGUACAGCCUGGAUAAUUCGGUCUAGCCUCUUUUAGAAAUGCGUUUGGUAUUUGCAGUUCUUAGUGCAGAGUCACCCGAGCAAGGGGAAAUACUGUUCCCGGAGCGUUUGGAUACUAAAUAGCAAAGAAGCGGGGUACAAUUAACAAAUAACAAUUGAGUAAAGAGACAAGAGCAUUCAUUUAUGGUGAACAGGGAAUAACACUGUUUUCCUGAAAUUAAGCAAAAGAAAAGGGGGAGUGGACAAAAAAAAAGCGAAACAGCAGAGGACAUUUGUACAAGCAUGCAACUUCUGACAUUGGUGUCUGCAGCCUAAACUUGGGAUGGGACCUGAAUUGUGUUUACGAAAACAAAACAAACGUGAGUGGACAACUUAAGUCAUCAGAAAAGCACAUUAUGUAUGUAUUGCGUUGAAUGCCUGGAUGUUAUAACACCGCUCUAUAACCGCAUACAGAGGAGGCGAUUUUUUAAAAAAAUAUAUCAACAUCGACCAGGUGUUAUGUUGAAAACGAAAAAAAGAGACAUUUUGUGACGAGGAAAGCAUUUUUUAAAGGGUGGUUUAUAUGAAUGAACUGCUAGCAUAUGUGUACGCACGCUAGUUUGAAAAGUUAAUGUUCCAAUUGUUGAUUCUCGUGCUGUUAAAGCGCUGUUGCUUAUUGUGAACUGUCAAAAACGUGGAUUACCUGAAUCCACGUUUUACUUUAAAUUAUCUUGGUCGAAUGGCUGUUUUUGAUAGAGUCGGAAUAUUGCUUCUGUAAUAUUUCAAAUAGCAUUUGUAAUGUAUUAUCAGUUGCUGAAUUUGAUCUUGGCAAUUAAACGACAUUUGAACACGAAGGACGGAAAAAGCCAAAUGUGAUGAUUACGAAUUGGGCAACAUAUUGUCCCCAGGCAAUAUAGCCAACCGGGAAAACACACUUAUUUUUUUAUUCUGACAUAUUCAAAUCACAAUACAUACAAAUCAAUCGUGCGGUAAGGGAGUUUAAAAAAAAAAUCACAUUACAACAAUCGUACUGCAUUGCAAACAUUGUAUUUGCAACGAUGAGUACCAAUAUCGUGUAUGAAUGGCUGAAGACUCUCCACCUCUGUCAGUACGUGGAAUCCUUUGUGGAUAAUGGCUAUGAUGACUUGGAAGUGUGUAAACAGAUUGGAGACCCUGACCUGGAUGCUAUCGGAGUCUUCCUGCCUCAUCACAGGAAAAAAAUUAACGAUGCAGUGAAGAGGUUAAAAGAAGAGGAGAAAGAAACGGCUACAGGACUGUACUUUACCCUGGAGCCCGAGAUACCCCCCACUCCGGGAAUCUACACCGGCCACACGAUGGAGCAAUACGAGUCCAAAGUGAGGGGGGCCAGAUCUUAUACUGAGCCCAAAGUCGAGAGGGUCGGGAGGAACCCUGGAUAUCAGGGCACAAGCAGGAACCACCAGCAUGGUACUUCCAAAGAGCUGGUCACUUACCCCAAACUCAAGCUGAAGAUCAUGAUCAGAGAUAAGCUGACCCGAGAUGGAAUAAACCUCAGUAAACCACCGUAUUCUAACAAGGAUGGUUCAUUGGGAAACAUUGAUGACCUGGCCCAGCAGUACUCUGAGUAUUACAACACCUGCUUCAGCGACGUAUGUGAGAGGAUGGAGGAGCUACGCAGACGCAGAGUGUCUCAGGAAAUUGAUGUGGAGAAACCUGAUGCCAGCCCCACGUCACUCCAGCUCCGAUCCCAGAUUGAAGAGUCGCUUGGCUUUAGCAGCACAGUGUCCACGCCAGAGGCCGAGAGGAAGGUGUCCCUUCACAAGUCAAGCUCUGAAGAUGGAUCAGUAGGAAAGGGGGACUGCAAGAAGAAAAACAAGUCUUUCUGGCAGAAUUUUCGCAAGUCACAGAAGGGAGUCAUGCGGCAGACUUCAAAAGGAGAGGACAUUGGGUAUGUGGCCAGUGAGAUCACAAUGAGUGAUGAAGAGCGAAUCCAACUCAUGAUGAUGGUGAAAGAGAAGAUGAUAACUGUGGAGGAGGCUUUGGCCAGGUUGAAGGAGUAUGAGACCCAGAGCAGACAGUCCAGCAGUACUGACAAUGCAGAAUGGAUCGAUGGAUCCAAUCCAAAUGUAAACGAGUCCUCAAACUGCAAUUCCCGAGAGCAGUCUGAUGAUGAAACUGAAGAGUCAGUGAAGUUUAAGCGGUUGCACAAGCUGGUGAAUUCCACCCGCAGAGUGAGAAAGAAACUGAUUAAAGUGGAAGAAAUGAAAAAGCCCAGCACAGAAGAUCUGUGUUUUGAGAGCUCCCCCAUGUGUGAGGACAACUCUGCUCUCUACACGGGGGUGCAGAAGAAGUCCCAUCUCCCCCAAGAGGACUCCUUGUCUCCCCUGCAGCAGCUCUCCUUUGAGGAGGACUCGGACAGCCUGACUACCUCGCCCUCCUCCAGCAGCCUGGACACCUGGUCGGGCCAUAAGCUGAUCAAGACCUUUGGCAAGUCCAGUAGCAGUCACGGCCUUUUCCAGCCGUCCAAGAAAUCUGGAAGCGGCUCUUCCUUCUCCUCUGGAGUAGAGGGCUGUGGCGAGGAGGACCAGGUUCAAAAGGUGUCGCGCUCCAUGACAGACGGCGAGAUGAGGAAGGCCUUGAGCCCAAUAAACCAUGCGGUAAGUAGCGAGAGCAUUUACGGCUUUUAUGGCAUGACCAGGCCCCGGCACCGCUUGCUGGUGUCCCUAGAGGAAAUCCAGACUGUCAAGAAGCAGGUGCAUCUCAAGAAAAUGGAUUCCAACUACUCCUAUUCAAGGCACUUCCUCUACCAGAGGCCCACUACCAAGAUGGCAGCAUCUUCGCCCUCCCCAGCCCAUAACGACCUCCAGCUGUUCCAGGAGAAAGCUAAGGGAAGUGGCAGUGGAGGCGUGGGCUACUGCUUUCCUAACCGCAAGCUGAGGGGUCGGACAGCUGUUAGUGAGUUUAACAUCACCUACGUGGUGGAAAGGAGCCUCUAUGGACACUUGAACUGGUCUCAGCUGGUACAGCCAGUGGUGGACAGGACACUGAGCAAAGCCGAACGGAAUGAUCUCCAGCGCUGCCUGCUAGAGGAAGAGGGGGAGGCUGACAUGAAGUGGGCGGCAACCGUGGACCAUUGCACGAAAAGGGUGCUCUUGCGCAUUCAGCAGAAGUCUAGAACCUGUAGCUUUGGAGGAUUUGACUUGACAAAUCGAUCACUUCAGAUCGCAAACAAUGGCUGUGAACAAACAGAAGCGAUUUACAGAGAAGUAGUGAAGUCUCCCACCACAUCCCGGUUAUCCCUUGGUAAGAAGGUGAAGUCUGUGAAAGAGACGAUGAGGAAACGAAUGUCCAAGAAGUACAGCAGCCCCCUCUCUGAACAGGAGUCAAAUCUUGAUGGGAUGCCCAGUUCCCCUCAGUCUCCGCAGCCAGUCACAGAUUCGCUGGAGAAGCCCAAGCUGAAGGCCGGAGGGUCUGUGGAGAGUCUGAGGAGCUCACUCAGUGGGCAGAGUUCAAUGAGCGGUCAGACAGUGAGCACAACAGACUCUUCCGCCAGCAACAGGGAGAGUGUGAAAUCUGAAGACGGUGAUGACGAGGAGCCCCCCUACAGGGGUCCGUUCUGUGGCCGAGCCCGGGUUCACGCAGACUUCACUCCCAGCCCCUACGACUCCGACUCCCUCAAACUCAAGAAAGGAGAUAUCAUUGACAUAAUCAGCAAGCCUCCCAUGGGCACCUGGAUGGGUUUGCUGAACAACAAGGUGGGGACGUUCAAGUUCAUCUACGUGGACGUGCUAAGUGAGGAGGAGGAGAAGCCCAAGAGGCCUGUGCGGAGGAGGAGGAAGGGCCGCCCCCCCAAACCCAAGUCAGUGGAAGAUCUCCUGGAGCGCAUCAACCUCAAGGAGCACAUGCCAACUUUCCUGUUCAAUGGCUAUGAGGAUCUGGACACUUUCAAGCUGCUGGAAGAGGAGGAUCUGGGUGAGCUGAACAUCAGCGACCCUGAACACAGAGCCGUUCUGAUGACUGCUGUGGAGCUGCUGCAGGAAUACGACAGUAAUAGUGAUAUGGAGAAAAGCUCUCACUCAGGCUCCCAGGAGACACUCCUGUCAGACGGGCAAGGCCUGACUGGGGAGUCUCCCCGGGACUCUGGCUGCUACGAGAGCAGCGAAAACCUGGAGAACGGUAAGAUCAGAAAAAGUCUGUUGUCCACCAAAUCCUCUGCAGAACCUGAAUCAAACAGUCACCAGUUGGUCAACUACCCCACCCUUCCACUGACAAAAUCCACCGAGGCCUUGCAGCAUCCCAAGAAGGAGCGCAAGUUCAGCAAGCGGCAUUUCCCCAAGCCUUCCGUCAAGUCCUUCAACAUCCUCAGCUUGAAGAAGAACCGCCAGAGUCUGCUGGUGCCUGCGAGCCACAGCUGUGAGAAUCUGGGUGGACAGCAGUUGACUCAGGACCUGUGGAAACGUUCUCGCUCACUAGGGGACCUCCAUAGUGAGCAGAGCUCUGAGAGCAAGAAAAUCCAGAGUUUGGAGUUCAAAGUAGCUAGGCCCAUCAGUAUUUGUGCAGACACUUUGUGCGACCAGGGCAGCAGAAUGCAAUCUCCCAGCACUACCAAAGGGGGAGAAACUGAACUGAACUUACAUUUGAAUACAAUCGAACUAGAUACAAACUGUGGCCCUCAGUCGCACGUAGCUUUACAGAACUCCGUAAUCAUGAGUGAUUCACAGCUCCCGAAGACUGACCUAGAAGGACCCAAAAGCCCAGUCCCCCAAGAGCAAGCCCCAGAGAAGAAUGAAGUGAGGUGCGGCACAAAGACACAUUCCAAAAAGCCAUUGCAGCCUCCUCCAGUUCCUGACAAGAAAUGCAGGGACCGCUUAACUAAUGGCCUUUAUCAUCCAACCUUGAUCCUCCCUAUCGCAGAUGCACUCUCUUUACCCUUAAAAAAUGCCAGUCUUUCUAGUCCAAUUGACUGUGGACCACCCUGUGCCUCUCCCGAAGAGGAGCCAGGCACCCCCCCAGCUACAAGGCCACCUUGGCUCUCCGAUCUCCCAGAGACGGCUUGUCUGCAGAUGCAUGGUGUCAGACUGGGCCCAGCCUUGGGAAGGAAAAUCCCCCACACAAGAGUGGCUGACCUAGAAAUGCUGCUUGAGGAAAGGUUAGAGUCUGAGGGGAUCGAUCUCACCGAGGAGCCUUAUUCAGACAAGCAUGGUCGUUGUGGCAUUCCAGAAUCCCUGGUGCAGAGGUAUGCUGAAGACCUGGAGCAGCCUGUUAACAAUGUGGCUUCAAACAUGGACCGAGUUCGGGUGAAGCAGCUUCGGAAACAGCACCGCAUGGCGAUCCCCUCUGGAGGUCUAACUGAAAUCUGCCGGAAGCCUGUGUCUCCAGGACAUCUCAACUCAGUCUCUGAUUGGUUGGUUUCUAUCGGACUGCCCAUGUACCUAAACUUGUUCACAGCAGCAGGAUAUGACACGCUGAACCAAAUAGCCUCCCUGACAGAGACUCAUUUCCAGGAAGCUGGCGUCAAGGAGGAGCGGCAUGUAAACAGGCUGUUAGCAGGGGCUAAGCUGGUGCAACCUGACGAUGCUCAGUUAUAACGAAAAAACAGGGACUUCAGCUAUUGUUUCUUGUUUAGUUUUCUUUUCUGGUGUUUACUGCAACACCUGACUGCCAAGUAUAAACAUGGGAGGCCUUGUAAAGACUGAUUGAACUGCCUUGUGGGUGAAUAAAAGUACUUCAUUUGGGUCUCUUGCUUGUUGUAGCACUAGUAAGCAACAAGAGGUGUUAGCUAGGUCAAAGAAGCUUUUUCUUCAUUCCUACUUCAUUUACAACUUUUGUAGUUCCAGCUAGUUAAACAACGCUGUUGAUACCGUAGUAAUUAUCCUGUGUCUGCAAGGAAUCAAGUAUAUUGUCUUGCUAUAUACAAUGCAUUUUUACUUUGCCUUACAAACAAAUAUGUAAAAUCAGUUUAGUGAAUAUAUACACAUGUAACCAGCUGUUUUAAUUAUCAGAAUGUACUGCAAAAUCCAUCUACUUCUCCAAGAUUGUUUUCAAUAUAGGAGCUAUUUGUGAUGUAUCUGUUUUGCUAUGUAUGUAUAAUAAUUUUAUUCUGAUAUUCAUAUAGUCAGUGUUCUACAGUGAAGCUGUGCGUUCAGACAUGGCAAAUCCAACAAGGUUUCCAAGGCUUGGAGAACUCAUUUAAUUCUACAGAAUUAAUAACAUGUAAGCUUGGUGCUGUGGAUAUUAAAGUAGUUUACUAUAGAACUGCAUCAAUAAGUACAUUUGUUAGACAUGACUUUCUAUACUGGCCAAGAUUUACAAAAUAUGAUGGGCAUUAUAGAGGAAACGACAGGGGUAAGUGUGAAUAAUGAUAUUAUUCUUUUCAGUUUUAAUUGAAGACAGUAAACUGGAUUUGCAUAUUUUUCGGAAUAAUUUAGGCCAAUGUUUACAGGAUUAUUACAGAAGAGUAAAAACUUGAAGUGUUUAGGGAAAGUUGAAACCCUGUAGUUCAACUGAAAUUGUAUUGCCCCCCCCCCCCCCCCCCCCCCCAAAAAAAAAAAAAAAAAGAAAAAGUGUCUUUUAAGCAAGUCACUAUUUCAAAGACUAUGUUGUUCAGAUUUACCAUAAAUUUCCAUUUAGGGAAUUCCAAAAGAUGCUUCUAGAAGCGUGUUUGUGGUCUGUGGAUAAUAACCCAAUGUAAAGUGUAAAAUGUUGUAUUAUACAUUGUGCCAGUGAACUGCCACCCAGUAUUACCAGGAUAUGAACAGUGGAAUAUACAUCUAAUUUUCAAGGAUGUUCUAACAAGAUGGCGGCCAUGCAGUUACCUCACAAUCAGCUUUCAUUAUAACUGGUGCAAUAUAACACAAAUUCUAAAAGCAGUGGCACAUAGUUCAAAUUUAAGGAGCUUAAAACACCAGCCCUCCUGGAGACACGAAUCAUCUGUGGGAACUUCAUUUUAACAGCUUCAAUAGUCUUUUUUUUAACAGUCCUUUUACUUAUUUAUAAUGUUUGCCUGUUUUGAAAUGUUUUAUUGCCAUGUUAUUUCAAUAUAAUAAAGGAGUCUGUUCAGUGUUGGCAGUUUAUCUCCAGGCCAUCUCAAUUCUAGGUAAAGACAGAUAUUAAAAAAAAAUAAGAACUCAAUAUUGGAGCAACAGAACCUAAAACUACUCAAAGUAUUUUGAAACAUCAUUAAAAAAGGGGGUAAUUAAAAUGACAUUUUAAAACUGCUUAAGAAACUGAAACUUGUUUAGGUAUCAUAAGGGUAAUAAUAUAUGUAUAUAUAUAUAUAUAUGUAAUACCUACAUUUCAAUUAAUUAAGACAAAUACCACAGAUGCUUUAGAUAUUGUAACUGUAGAUAAUUAAUAUGAAGACAUCCGGUAGAACACUUAUCUUCUGUGAGGCGUGACUGUAGCCUAACAGUGCCGUUAACUGAGUGGUGUUUGCUGACUUAGCCAGUGUGUGUUACCUCAAUGUAUCUUAAAACAAAGGGUUUAACUGCCAUUGCCAAGAAAUACAACUCCUUUGACAUCUUGAUUGAGAUCUGAAAUGACACCACAUUUGUGUCAAAAGCUGGGCAAAAACAAACAAAAAGCAAACAAAAAAGUUCAAACUUCAGAUCUUUUUAAACUAGCAAAA